AUGAACAAAACACAUGGAUGCCGUCACAUUAAGAAAUAUAAAGAAGACACCCCCGGUGCCUACUUGGAUCGAUACAGAGUAGUCGCAAAGGCUUCUUCCCGAUGGAAAAACCACAUUCCGUCCUCAAUAGAGCUUACUGACAGGAAAAGAGAACGGGUCCCGCCGACUCCACCACCAUGUGAUCUCUGUGGCGACUUCGGAAAUCGUCUUCAUGGGUGCUUACAUUGCUCUUGGUUCGGGUGUUGGCCAAAACAUAUGAAGGGUCAUCUUGUUGACGAGCACGUGUUUGCCGUUGACGUGGAGAGGCUGUUUGUAUACUGCUCGCAGUGUAAAGACUACAUAUACGAUGCCGAGUUUUUGUAUAUUCGCGAGUUGGAAGACACGCACGCUCAGGAAGACGAAGCUAACGCAAAAGAGCCGUGCGCAAAGAGAGCAAGAUUUGAAGAGUGGCAGCCAAGCGAAAGUGAAAUUGCCCAACUAAAGGCUCGGACCGAACAUCAUCCUUGUGCAGGAAUUCGUGGAUUGUAUAACAUAGGCUCUACUUGCUAUAUGAAUGCUGUUCUGCAAGCGCUCAUAAACAAUCCGAUAGUUCGCGCUUAUUUUCUCGCUGACAAGCAUAAUCGACAUCUAUGUGAGAUUGGGAACCACUGUCUCUGCUGCCAGUUGGAUAUCCUCUUUCAAGAGAUGGUCUCUGGUAGUAUAGAGCCCUAUGCUCCUUGUAGCUUUCUUCAUGUAAUGUGGCAGAACUUGCGGAAUUCUGCCGGAUUGGAAGUAACCGGAUAUUCUGAACAUGACGCGCACGAAUUAUUUACUGCACUUAUUGACAACGCAGCGAAUACGAAUGCCACUGCGUUGUUCAUAAAGCUUUCGGAGGAUGUGCCUAAGCGAGGCAGAUCGAGAAAAAAAUCUGGUGAAAAAGCCGAGCCUCUGGUAGACUGCCUGAGAAAAUUUACAGCUGCUGAACGUAUAGAUGACUACAAAUGUGAUUUUUGCAACGCACGAGAAACUGCAACAACACAAUUCACAAUCCGUCAACUGCCACCAGUUUUAAGCCUUGUUCUCGAACGAUUUCAAAGGUCAGCAGGUAAGACGCAGAAGAACGAGACACCAGUAUCGUUCGCUGAAGAGCUUGAUAUGCGGGAAUACACCAGUUGGGGGAAGGAAAGUUUGAAACAAGGGAAGCCACUUGACUGUUUACCGGAAUUCAAAUACAACUUAUUCUCUGUUGUUACUCACGAGGGAACUUAUCAGUCUGGACAUUAUAAGACAUACACCAGAACUGCGAAUAAGUGGUACGAAUUCGACGACUCGGUUGUUACGACUUUAACUUUGGAAGAUGUGUUAAAUCUUACUACUGAGGCAUACAUGCUCUUUUACGUUAAGGAGACAUUAGAUUACAACACUCCACGGACACUGACACGAUAA